AUGGCCGAAUUGGCAGAGACUGGCAGGAAUCGCACCAUGGAGCCUUCCUCAGCGGACGACACGAAUACGAGUCUUUUGCUCAUGGGAUUUGAUAAUGAACAGAGUGCAAGUGCUGUUAGGACUGCUCUGGCUCGAAUAGCGCAGGAUCCGACAAUAUCUCUGCUUGAAGCUGCUCUACAAUAUCUACUCGCAAUCACAGGCGAUGAACAGGAGCCAAGAGCUGUUCUAUGUACGUUGAAUACUUGCUCAACCUCUGGUCUGGGUCAAGCUCAAUCUGCAACUCUCAACCACCCAAAAGCUCAGACCACUGACACGCUCUUACAAUCAAUCAUAGAUUCACCACCACAUUCACCAAAAGCAAAUCGACCACCUCCCUGCUCGGCCGUGCCUGCAAAAUCUAUAUUAAAACCAUCUAACUCACCACCAGCCAUCAGAUCAACCACAGGCUCGAUAUUCAAAAGAGACUGGCUAGUAAAGCAGGUCGAUACAGCAGCCUCGGUACUCACCGCUACACUGGGAAGAAUAAGAACAGGAACUGUAGCAAUAAACACAAAUGCUACUAGUACACCGACGAGUAAUACUAAUAAUGGACAAUCAUGGACUUCCAUGUUUGGAUCACCACCAGCUACGUCGUCGCCGAUGGAUCAGUCAUGGAAGACCGCAACAAAUGGGCAUGCUAAUGGUAGUGUGAAUGGUUAUGCGACCAUGCCGCACCUAACACCAACCACGUCGCUAUCGAAUGCUUCCUUGUCACCAGCAACACCGCCCGACUUGCAGAGAUCACGAGAGAACUCUGAUCCGAAUAUAGGUGGCGAUCACCCCUCAUCACUAGCUAAAAUACCACGUCACGUCCGUUUCUCGUUUCCAGACAUUACAAUCUCACCAGAAGAACAACCAAUUGACGAGAUGGUGUUCUAUAGCGAAGAGGCAGAUAAUCAGGGUACAAAUGGUAGUAGCAGCAGUAAUAUGCCAUUGACUGUAAAUUCGACUGAUUCUCUGGCACGAAGACAAGCUGGAUCAUCAAGGAACGUGGAUCAUUCUGUUGUGUCGGGGACUAGAAUGCGGGAUCAUACGAAUCGAUAUGAUGCAGAUGAGCUCUUGCUGUUCUACCAGCAGGCAGCGGCACGGAGGGGUGAACCCACACUUGACAAGCUGACAAAUCAGCUGUCGAUUAGUGGGUUUCUGACAAAGCUGGAUUUAUCAGGAUCCAUGUUGGAUAGAAAGAACAUUGCAUCGAUAUCAGAAUUGCUUACGGAAGUGGUUGGCCUAACACAAUUAAACAUGGCCAACUGCAACCUGGAAGAUGAUUCAUUGAAAAUGUUGUUGCAUGCCAUACUCUAUCGUAACGAGCUGCCGUGGCUAUCCCUGGCUGAUAAUCGUCGUCUGCGCGGCAAUGGUAUCAAGUAUAUCGCAGUCUUUAUCAAGAAGACCAAGUCAUUGAAGUAUCUUGAUAUGUCUGGGCUUGCGGUAGAUCGAAAAGGAUUGGCCUAUCUGAAUCAUGCUCUGUCGCCAUCAGAUUCGCAACCUCUUGGUCCGACCAUCGAAGGACUCAAGCUAGAGAAUUGUAGAUUGCGCGGAAAUAUGUUGGAUACCAUAGUUCCAGGAGUAAGAAGAUCAAGAUUGACACAUCUAAGUUUAAAAGACAAUAAGGCAACAUGGGAAGCCGGGCAACCAAUAUCCGAAAUGUUGUUGCCUGAUGACGAUCAACCUGAAGCUGGAAUGCCCAUGUCACCCAAACGACAAGGAUUGACGUCAAUUGAUUUGAGAGGCAACGAUCUGAGGAAUGGAAUAGCCCCUAUUUGUGCCGCUUUGAAUGACAAUGAUAGGUUACGUGAGUUGGAUUUGAGAGAUAAUAAGAUUGAUGGGCCUGGUCUUGAUAUCAUUGCAUCGCUAUUGAGAAAGAAUACUGGUCUUCGUGUUUUGGAUUUGAGCGGAAAUGCCUUCGGUACAGAUAUGGAGGGCAUCACUUCUUUAAAGGAAGCCAUGACUCAGAAUCGCGAUCUACUAGAACUGUAUCUAGCAAAUACUCGCAUAGGCACUGAAGGUGCGAUUGCUCUAGCUGAGGCAUUACCACUAUGCGACAACCUCAAACGGUUGGAUGUCACAUACAAUCCUAUUGACCUCGCUGGUGUGAUGGCUCUCGCAAUCUCAUUGCGAAUGAAUGACAGUUUAGUAUCACUGGAAAUUGUACCCGUCCUUGACCGACCGGGUGUCAAGCCGGAAGAAGCAUCUGAGCUUAAUCGAAUGCUGCACGAUAUUUUUGAGCACACGGGCCGUAAUAUGGAGAUGCUAGCAAAAAGCCGAUCAUCUGUCUCCAAAAACGGUGAUUUGGACACAGAAGAAAACAUGAAUGAUUCACCUCCUCGAUCUCAUACAGUUGGAACUCCACCACGAACGAGACAUUCCCAUGUUAGGAAAGUGACAGUUGAUCCACUUCAGCUUGGUAAAGAGAUUGCAACUGGAGAGGAGACUGCUGGUCUUUUGAUCGAUAUGAUCAAAUCAUAUAGUGCUGAUAGAACCUCGGAGCUCCUCAUAUCGCAAGACGAGCUUAUGAGGCAAUUGUAUGUCGAGUGUCAGAGAAUUCAAGAUAGGCUACAUUCUGUGUUUAAUAAUGUGGUUGAUGAUGCUCUUAUCGGCCAACUAUUAUCCGUAAAUGAACGAUUGCUGGAAGCAAUGAGACUAUAUGAAACAGAAGUUGGUGUAAAAUCGCCUAAAUCACCUCGCCGUCCCCACAAUAAGCCUCAAUACCAACAGCCCCAGCAAGAACAGUCUCAAUCACAGCCACAACGAAUGACAGACGAUGGAAUUGCAAUACCGGCACGCAGUACAUCAGCACUUCCUGAUAGUACUGCCGAACCUUCAGAACAAUCAGAACAACAGCAACCGGAGGACGAUGAUGAUGCUUCGUCUGUCAUCUCAGAGGCAUUAAGUGAUUCUUCCGACAGUGGUAUUGGGAAGGUCGCUCUAGAACAGACAUUUAGUGAUGCCGAGUUCUUUUCAGAAAGUUCUACAGCACAUUUGAGGUCUCCCUCAGUGGCUGCAGAAAUGUCUCAGAUUGACCAGUUUCUGAAGGAAAACUCGUAA